CUCAGUCCAGCCAUGUAAUCCACCGCUGACACCGGCCCCUCGGUGUCCCCCUCCUCUUUAAACCGAACAACAACCACCGUGAGCUGGUUCUUCUUCAUGGAGCUCAGCCGGAGGAGUUCCUGAAAACUGACUGGAGAGCUCCGGCGCCGGCAGACACUGUCUGAGACGUACACACACACUCAGACUCAGACGGAAGAGGACAGGAGGACAACAUGGCCUUCAGCUCUUCAGCCGAGAAUCCCCCCAGCGGCCUGACAGACAGGAGCGGCAGCUUCUUUAAGCUGAUUGACACGUUUGCAAUGGAGAUCGGGGAGCUGAAGAAGGAGAUGGUCCAGACCUCUCCAUCCACAGACAAGGAGCCCAUGGAUCUGCAGGGGCUGGAGAGUGAGGUGAGUGGCGUUUACCUGCAGUCCCCCCACUGCUGCGGGGUUGGGGGUGAAAGGGACUCUGGGUAUGACUCCUUGCGAAGGAGGAUGAGCGUGUUGGACAGGCUGAAUCAAACCCACCCAGUGUGGUUGCUGCUGGCGAUCACUGAAGAGGAGGCCAGUCGCAUUCUGCUCAAGCAGCCACCAGGGGUAUUCCUGGUCAGGAAGUCAGCUGUUCUGCAGAGAAAGGUUCUGUCUGUGCGUCUGAAGGAGGAUCGGUCAGAAACUCCCAUCAGCCAUUUUCCUGUCAAAGAGAGCCAGUAUACGUUUUCUCUCGAGGGAUCUGGGAUAAGUUUCGCAGAUCUGUUUCGCCUGGUGGCUUUCUACUGUAUUAGCAGGGAUGUCCUGCCUUUCACAAUCAAACUCCCAGAGGCCAUUGCAUCUGCCAAGACUCAGAAAGAGCUGGAGGAGGUGGCUCAGCUCGGAGCAGGCUUCUGGGACUCUGCUCUUUGCAGUCAGCGUCGCACCUCCCCCCGCCCCUGUCGCCCUCUGAGCCGUACCCUCAGCCCCCAGCGAACCAACAGGAACAGGGAAGGCGGGGGGUCGCAGCAGAGGCACACCGGGUUUUACUGUGAGAGCGCGCCUCCAACCUUACGGUCCCACGCUGUUCCACCUUCCUAUAAUCUGGAGAGAAGGCAUUCCAGUGGUCCUCUGUGCUUUGUAAACCCGCUGUUUCUCCAGACACAUCAACACCACCAUCGCCACUGUGCAGAGGAUUCUCCUCCACAUGCUGCCAAGUCCAGUAACCACCCAGAGAAUGUGGGUGAAUCAUCUGUGAAGCCGUCGGGCAGCAGCAAAUCUAGUGAGCAACACACAGACAACAUCAAACUGAACGGAAAAUCUAGGCUCCCUCCCCCUCGCCCCCCUCCCCCACGCUCAAUGCCACGCCGACGCCCUGCGCCACCUCCACCUGGACCUCCAGCAGCUACCACUAGACCCAAGAGCAUGCCGGAGGCUGUUGCUGUGGCUACGAGACAACACCAGUCCCCCAGCAAGCGCCCAGCUCCUGCUCGACCACCAAUGGGUGCCAAGCACAGCAGCCUUACCAAAGGCGCCAGCUCACCGCUCACUGUGCCUUCGAACCCACCACCUCCAAGGCCUAAAAAGCCUGAMAUGGAGGCCCACCGCUGCCACAUCGCAAUGGACGAUGAGACUAUCGCCAGGGCCCUAUCCCGUGCCAAGCUUCCAUCAUGCCAGCCUCCGCCUGCUGUCCCCGCUGAUGUACUACUGGAGAAUAAUGCUCAGAGUCCUUCCAGUCCUAAUGAAAGGGGACGCCAGCGUCUCAGCGACAUGAGCAUGUCUACUUCUUCUUCUGACUCACUGGAAUACUCCCAAUCUCCUGGAUUCUCCCUAGGCCUUGCCCCCAGCCCGUCUCGACACCGCAACCAUCAAGACCCAGUGGAGGACAGCAGUGAGGAGGAUGAGGACGGCGAAGAAGAUGAAGAGGAGGAUUAUGGGGUCGGCCUGGAGACUGAUCUAGAGAUGCGCCUUCGUACAUCCUUUAAAGCUAGGAGGCGAAAGGUUGGUGUGAGCCUUAGUGGGGGGUCCUUUAUCCUACCUAGGGCGUUGAAGGGACGCUUUCGCAAGGUAAGCGGCAUGCUGAGCUCGCUCAUGACCCCGGAGAGACGGGCGGUGAAAAGAAUUGCAGAGCUGUCCAGGAACAAAAGCUCAUAUUUUGGCUCCCUAGUUCAGGACUACAUCAGCUUUGUUCAGGAGAACCGGUGCUGUAACACAUCAGGGAUGGAUUUUCUGCAGACUCUCAGGCAGUUUAUGACACAGAUGAAGGCUUACCUGCGCCAGAGCUCUGAGCUGGAUCCACCAAUAGAGUCACUCAUACCUGAGGACCAGAUUGACCAGGUGCUUGAGAAGGCCAUGCACAAGUGUGUCCUGAAGCCUCUGAGGACCGUGGUUGAGGUGGCCUUACAUGACUUCCAGGUGAGCAGUGGAGCUUGGCAGCAGCUGAGGGAGAACCUGGCCCUGGCUAAGACCAAGAGGCCCCAGGAGCUGGGGGUGGAUGGGGCUGUGCCCCCUGACGCUGUGGCUAUUGAGAAGAUCCGCCACAAGUUCUUAAACAUGAGGACGAUGUACUCCCCGGAGAAAAAGGUGUCUCUGCUGCUGCGUGUGUGCAAGCUCAUCUACACCAUCAUGCAGGAUAACUCAGGGAGGAUGUACGGUGCCGACGACUUCCUGCCCAUGCUGACUUAUGUGGUGGCUCAGUGUGACAUGCCUCAGCUGGACACAGAGAUCCAGUACAUGAUGGAGCUGCUGGACCCGUCUCUGCUGCAAGGAGAGGGAGGUUAUUACCUGACCAGCGCCUACGGGGCCAUGGCCCUCAUCAAGAACUUCCAGGAGGAGCAAGCAGCCCGGGUGCUGAGCUCCGAGGCCAGGAACACUCUGCACCAGUGGCACUUCCGACGCACCGCCCAGCGUUCGGUGCCGUCUGUGGACGACUUUCAGAACUAUCUCCGUGUAGCCCUGCAGGAAGUGGACACAGGCUGCACGGCCAAAACCUUGGUCGUCCACUCUUAUACCACCACAGAGGAGGUCAGCUCGCUCUGCGCCUACAAAUUCAAGAUCCCCGACACAGAGAACUAUGCACUGUUUCUGGUUACUGAGGAUACCAGCCAGCAGCUGGCUCCAGACACGCACCCUCAGCGCAUCAAGUCUGAGCUGCUCAGCCGACCCCGUGCACAGACCUUUCACUUUGUCUACAGGAGGGUGCCUAACCUUAACCUCUGUAUGCCUCCCAUAAUGCAAAAUGGAAACUGCCUUCAAGUUGAGUAGUGAAGGAGAAUGUAACAGCUUGCUGCACUUAAAAACUUCUAUAGGUGGUAUCCUCUGGUGCUGGUUUGUUUCACUUAAAGAUUUAAAGGAUGUCUUCAAUAGAAAACCAAUAUUCUGCAUAUUAAUGCAGAAUGGAUAGGAUGGAUUCUGUAAAGUGCUGGUGUUUUAACUGACACCUCAGAAAUGUGGCUCAGCUAUGGGUUGAAAAUAGAAUAAUGAUGGUAACACGGAUGCACCUCCGAGUCUCCGUGGCGUGUAUCUGAUGUAGUUUGACCAUUUGUUGAGCUGAAAUUGUUGAAUUGUGUAUAGAGGUAUAAAGGUUUUUGGGAUGUGAAAAGUUAUAUGGACAUGAAAGGUUCUUGCGGUUGUUGGACGCGUAUAACACCCUCAAAGCAGAGGUCAUACAGUACAAUAUUGCAUUUUAUGUAACUAAAGUUUGCAUUAACUGCUGUUAUUCCAGGUGCCUUCAAAAAGAACAUGAUGAACAUACUGUUUGCUACUGAAAGUUUACAGCUGUCAUCCAAUCAUCAGUCACCUUUUAUCCAUUUAAAACUUUACGCUAAAACAUUAAUUUAAGAAGCAAAGUGAACUAUUGUAAAAGUUCUAAUUAUUGUUAUUUUUGCUUGUAUGUUGUUGUCUGCAAUUGCUGGUCAAUUGUAGCCUGUAUUUCUAUGUAGAAAUAUUUUUAUAUUCAAAUUUUUCAUCACUAAAGUGACAAAGAUCUGUAUUCUGAUUUGAUCUUUCUGGACUGGACUUGGAUUUUACACCAGUUGUUUCUCAAAGGUCAACUUACGACAACACUGUUUUUACUGUUUGUUAUGAAAAGCUCUAAGCUGACUCUGGAAAUUUAUAAAAUUCUCCCCAAACAAAGCUAUGUGUUGACUCCAACAUCAUCAUUACCUUAUUGGUGUUGCUGUAUCAUUUAGAGCGGAAGGGCAGUAUAUUAAUCUGAUGUUAUUUUGGCAUAAUACCGGAGACACAAAACGAAUGGGACUCAUGCAAAAAAUAACAUUUAAUAGUUUUCAGAAUUAGAAAUAUCUUUAUUAUUGCAUUAAAGUGUGAAGUUACUUAAAAUGUUCUUAUUGUGUUUUACGAGUUGCAACAAACACUACUGUUGUUUGUGACUUUGUAUUAGCAUUUAGCAACAUCAGGAUUAUUGACCAUUCCAUGUCAUUGAUUACAGCCUUUUAAAAACUGGCCUGAACCACAAAAUCACUUAUUCACAAUACAGUUUUAUGAAUAAAUCUUUGCAUUAUGAAAUUUGUACCAACUUGUCUAAUGGCUUCCUGGAACUGCCAGAGAGCUAUGAAGCUUCAGACUAGCCUUUCCACAGCCCUUGUGAUUAGUAAUAAUGUGUUCCAUGGCACAAUCACCACUUUCUCUGAGUCUUACAUACAGCACACCCAUGUCACAGAGCUAGAGUGUUGCAAUGCAUUUACGUGAAAUGUUGCAAUGCAUUCCAAUAUGACCACAGUUUACUAAGACUUCUGGCUCUUGCCUAUUGCUCUGUCACAUAAAGCAUUGUGCCAAAUAAAACGUGGUCAGUACAACUUCUUAAUCCAGGUAUUUGUCAUGAAAAUGACAAACUGAAUCUGUUAAACUUGACAUAUGAGAGAAAAUAGAUUUAGUUAUCUUUCUGUUUUUUGACAUUUUCUUUAUGCGUCCAGAUCAAGCUCUGUGUUGAGACAGAGAGACGCCUUUGUAAAACUAUGCAACUACUUUUCCAAGAAGAUGGCCUGUGAAAAGGCUUUCUUACUUACACAUAAAUUCACUUCACCAGAACCCUCAAAUGCAGACUGAGAUAUGACAAAGGUUUUGUAUUGUAUUGUAGUUGAACAUUUCCAGGACUUUUUAAAGUUGUGUUCACCUUUUUGUUGUUUCACAGAAGACCCCGCGAUUAGCCUGGCCCACUACCGAUUGUUUUUAGACUUGUAUUGAUGUAAUGGUGUAGAAGCUGAACUCUUAAUGUUGACCAUCAGACAGAAUUGUACGGCCUUGUUGUGUCAUGUCUGUCUCCACUGCUCAGAUAAUAAAACUCAUCUGAAC